UGUGGAGACGCGCGUCGCCGGCGGAGGAAGAUGGAGUGUGUCAUCCGAGAAGCCACCGUCGAGGAUUGCGAGCACAUCAUGAGCCUGAUACAUGAAAUUGCUGACUUUCACCACUUACUGGAAGACGUGACGAUCAAUUCUCAAGUUCUAAAAGCGGACGGUUUUGGCAAGGACCCCUUCUUCAAAUGCCUCCUGGCUGAACAGCCUGUGGAAAAGGGGUGCAAGCCAGCUCGCCCUAUUGGCCAUGCCCUGUACUUCUUUGGGUACAACGUCAACCAUGGGAGAAUGGUGUACCUGGAAAACUUGUACGUGGUGGCAGAAUUCAGAGGCCAAGGAGUUGGGAAGCAGUUAUUGAGCAAAGUAGCAGAGAUCGCCCUGGAAGCCGGCUGCGUGGAGAUGAAGUUUGUCACCAUGGAAUGGAACCAGGCGGCCAAGCAGAUUUACGUCCACCUGGGGGCUCACGACACCACCGAAUCCGAGGAUCUGCACUGCAUGGUUCUGGAUCGGGAUGCCUUGCAGAGGUUGCAGCAAAGUGGGAAGAAGAAGAAGAUCGCUCACUGA